AUGAUUUAUCAUCUACGUACGGUUACAACUAUGACCAGCCGCGAGCCACUGCGGGGAGGCUGCUCUUGCGGCCGUAACCAAUAUAUGAUAGUCAUUCCUGACGACGAUUCCGUAGGCAGGGCCGAGGUAAUCUUUGACAGCAGCAGAGAUCACCGUCGCUUCCAAGGAGCUCCAUUGACGGCAUGGCUGCGAGUGCCCUUGACCUGGUACCGCUCUCAAACGUAUUCCUACUAUCCGGAUGAGACCCAUGCCGCGAUUCGCCGAACUUUCACGCCUGUCCAUGCGCCUCACUCCCAGCGCAAUUUCUGCGGGUUCUGUGGCACCCCUCUGACUUACUGGACCGAAUCUCCCCCGGAAGAAGCAGACUACAUGUCGGUGACGCUGGGCAGUCUCUUCAGCGAUGACCUGAGGAUGUUGGAAGACCUCGAGCUGCUGCCGCGCGACUCGACUGAGGAUGGGUCAGACAGAAGCCCACCGGCAGCCACCGACACGACCUCUGAGUCUACUCCUCCUGCUACC